GUUGGAAGUGCAAGGGCAACGGGGGGCCAGUGGUUGUCACUGAUGCUUUCCAUUUGUUUCUUUUCUUUCUUUUCUUUCUUUUAACAUGUAUAUAUAUGUAUCUUUUUAAAUGACCCAUUCUUAAACGUUGGAUUAUGCAACUGCGUUCGCAAACAUAUGAUCCGAGCCAAACGAGUCUAUUCUGGCAUACAUAUAUCGAUAUAGAUGCAUCGUUUUAUCCCACGGGUCGCGUCAUCGACACGGAGGAACGACUCUAGAACGGUAUCUUCCUCUCUUCGGUAGUGCGCGCGAGAUUUGGAUUCGUCGAACGAGUUUGUUUACUUGGAUAGCCAGGAAGCUCUGGCGGGAGGGAUCGGUAGAUAGAGCGUGGGAGAGAGAGAGGGUAUAUGGAGAGAGUAUAGUAAUGUCAACUCUUUUGCUCUACGAUGCGUUCAGGCUGUCUCUCUGUCUUUCUCCGUUGGCAAGGUUGUCUUUGUUCCACGAUCGUCGUACUGGCGACACUACGGCUGCCUUGGCGCUGAAGAGCAAGAAGAAGGUCAGGAUGCUGAGCAGUUUGGCAAACUACCUACUCGGAGGUAAUAUCUCCGGCGCGCAGGAUUCACGGCAAGAGUCCAAUAACGAAACCCCGGAGACCCAUCCAGUAAUAGCGAGGCUCAGUCAGGUGGAGAUUGAGGGCGAUGACUGGAUCCUCAUUGACCGUGCUGACAAUCCAGCAAGUUCCACCACUUUCUUCGACUCCAUUUUAGUUGACGGAACGACGGCGCUGGAGGAGUCGUGGUAUGUAACACCACCCGCAUGUUUUACACGGGCUGGUCCCGUGAACGUAGAAACAUCACCGCUAGAGGACCUGCUGAUAGAGCAUCCCAGUAUGUCCGUUUACCGAGCCACAGCGCCUUCGAUCGCUCCUGAAACUCCACCGCCAACGCCAGACGCACCGGAAGAGCGAGGCGUCGAGGAGGACGCUCUGCCAAACAUUGCUUCCAGUGCAUCGGUCACGGCAACACCAGCAUCGCCGGAACGUGCCCCCGGUAGAAGCGAAGAUGAGCAACAAGCAACCCAUAGACCAAACAUCCACGACGAAAGACCUCGUACACGCACUGAGAAGAGGAUAGUUCAGCUUCGGUCGGCGCAAAAGCAUAUUAUGAAGAUCAAUUUCAAUGAAAGUUUUGAGUGUGAAUCAAAAUUACGUGCAGGUUUACGAGAAGAGGACUACCCAAGCACUGAAGAGAGGUCGCCUGGAGAGAAGUAACAAGCUGAGGGAAGUGUUGAGCGUAAAAGGCAAGCGGCCGCGCCGCCAAGACCGCUUGCGUAUCCAAAACAGUGGCGCGAACAACAACCGGAAAUGCUAGUCAUUUGAUCUCAGGCCAAGGUGUACUCAUAUACUUUCUUCCUAAAACGCGAAUAGGCAUAUAACAGAAAAAUCUAUGUUGCAUUGAAAUAACGAUUAAAAGCAAUUAUUUAAUAAGAAGAAAGAGAGGAAACCAGUGAGAAAUGGAAAAAACAAUGAGAAUAAAUAAGAAUAGAGAAAUUCGUUUCUAAAACCCCUAUUUAUCUAUUGCUCGGUGGAACCCAUAAAACACUAAAAUCGCAUAAAGCAACUAACAAACAGAAGCUAAUCGAAAUACAAAGAAAGGAAAGGUAGUAAUAUAAAUCUCGUAGAAAAACAAAAGAAAAAAAGAAUAAUAGCAAAGAAGAUUAGGCGAAAGUGUGGUUAUCCUCUCUUAUCAAUUUUUAUGUUAGCUAAGCCGCUCCUCAGCGUACAAAAACAUUGAAACAAUUUCCUGUGCAAGAAGAGUUCGUAUCAAGAAGAAAAACUAAUAUCAUUUAGCAAAAAAGAAAACCAAAAAAAAAAAAGAACAAAAAUAUUCGAUACGAACUUGGUAUCUUGCUGGUGGAAAAGGAAGACGAGCGAAGAAAAAAAUUAAAAGGGAAGAAAGUAUGAGAAACGUUAUUGGUUCGCGGUGAGAGUCUCAUCUAUAGAAUAUCUCGUGUAUAAUGGCGCGUGUAUGGUACUCAGUUGGAUCGUGUGUAUAAUUUUUAGCCUCUAGUAUGGGCAAAUGUGUUUUUACUCGUAUGUUUAACUCGUUAGUUUUUAUUUAAGUCGUUCAAUCAUUUAUGCGCCUGUGUAGCGUAACAGGAGUAUAACUUUUAGUGUAAUAACCGAAAACUGAUCUUAUUUUCCCCGAAAAUCCCAUGGACGUCGCUAUCCUGCUUCUAUAAACCGAUUCACGAUGGUGCGACUUUCAAAUGGCCAGAACCUCACUUCGGGACCAUACCUUUUAAGUUCACAUUACGAUUAAUUUCUGUUGGAUUUUAUCAACUAUAAAUGGUUGAUUAUAAUUACAAACGUGGUAUAAUUUAUGCGUUGCCUUUCAGAACGGCUCCGAAGAUAGCUGAUAGUCGUAGAACGUCCAUUUGAUAGAUGUCGCUGUUCUUCGUGGUGUCUUAUCUUUUUGAAAACAUGAGUGUCACGAUUAGACUGCGGAUUUUUCUGCAUUUAUAUGAAAUUUAAAUGUGCAAAAUUGAACGGAAUGCAUGUAUACAAAAAUAUCUAGAAUAUCCAAGGUAAAGUACCGAAAUUUCUAUUUAAAUUCCAUCAUUUCACUUAUACAACACCGAAAACAAGAAGAACACAAAAUUGCCUAAAUGUCCACAGUCUACUUGCAACACGUUUUCCUCUAAGCAAUAAAACGCUGUCAAACAAGAGACUGUAGCAAAUGUUUGUCGAUGGACGUUCGUCAAUAAACGUAUUUAUUUAGCGGCACACAUGGUAUGGUACUAUCAACUGAAUAUCGAUUAAACUAAGCGUACCGUUUAGAUAAAGUGAAAACGAGGAUGACACACGCGUCUUGAAGAGAGAAAAUGGAAGAAAGCCUUGGCUCCUCUCUCUAAUCGUCUCAACGAAAAUUACCAAAACUCUUGUCAAUAGUUCUUGGCCUGUCUUACGCAUAGAUAGAAAUCUAAACCUAAAAGUUGACGAGUAAAGAUGAUUCAGUGUCUCGUAAAGGGACAGAAGCAAGGCUUGAACACAAAAUUCUUUCUCUCAAUCUGGAGAAUCGGUCUCUAUAUAGCUGAUGCGCGUUGUAGCGCAGUUUCAAAGUAUUCGCUUUUCGUGGAAGGAUCGAAGGAUGAAGCAAGUGCAAGCUGUCCUGACCGAACCCAGGGAUCUCGUUGACACUGGAUUGGUUGAGUCUCACUCGUUGAGGAUACUUGUACCUGGGCAACUGGUCAGACAAUUGGCCCUCUUGCAUAAUUGGUCAUUACUGUAACUAACAAUUGCACUGUCAAUAUUAUUAUAUCUAAUGAAGUGAACAAAAUUUUACUUACUGGUUUCGUUUGUUUAUCAUUAGUAAUGGACUAUAGAUGCUAUAACACUGUGGAACAAAUUCCUGGUUAAACUCAAUCUUUUUUACAGUUUAUAGUAAUUGGAUUGCAAGUGUUACAGUAUUUAGCGAAUUGAACGAAUUGUUGCAUUCUAUCUUUUGUAAUUAAUAUGACGUGUAAUUGGAAUUCAUUAGCUUAACAAUACCAAUUUAAUUGUGCAAGAAAGCCCCGAAAAGAAAUGUAAUUGUCAGUUUGAAACUCCUCAAGGUGCUUAGGGCGGACUGUUUUCUAAUUUAAGAAAGGAACACAAGAAACCUAAGUUAGGUUGAGACAAGACAAAUAAACAGUCUGCUUGCAGAUGUGCUAUGCAAUCUUGAAGAACGAGCCAGAGUUCAAGUACAAGUAUCACGGCCAUAAUAGCGAAACAGCUCGAGGAGAGAGAUUGGUGUCGCCAAAAUUGGAUUUUUUAUAAAUUCAGACUCGCGUGUCCAAGUAUAAGUGCGAGAUUGUGCAAUAUCGUUACUAUUAUACAAACUCCCCUCAGAUGAUUUCUUCUAUGAAGAAAACCCGGCGACACCACGUUCAACUCGACAGCAAUCUCGUUUAAAUGAAAUUCAGACUUCUUUGAAGUUUCAAGAAACCACAGAAUGCUAGAGAACAGUCACUGCCUGGAGUGUUUCUUCGAGAGUUGUUUCGUCAAGGCCCUAGAAGCUGGAUAUCGUCCAAAAUAAAAAAAAUAAAAAAUAAUAAUAAUAAUAAUAAAUAAACUAGUAGCAAUAGAAACUCGUCCAAUCAAACUAUUGGAUGAUAGUUGUCAGACAGCUGUGAUUCAAACUGAAUUCGACCUCGAGCGACCCUCUCCUCCGCAAGGAGAAUAGCUAAUCGUGUUUCAAACAGGAAACUUUCCUCCUUUGUGGUCCUAAACUCGUGAAUUUUUCUAAAAAAAAAAACAAAAAAGUAAAAAUGGAAAAAGGAAAAAAAAAUAUAAAAAAGAGACUUUAAUUAUUCCAGAUCCCACUUGAGAUUCUUCUAAAGCGUUGUAGCCGCCAUCUAGCGAUCUAUUAUAGUACUUAACAGCCUGAUGUGAUCUGGAAUAACUUAGGUUCUCCUAGACAUUAUUCAUUGAAGCAAAUUUUUGGCGUAUUAACGAAGGAACCGAAGUUGAGGACCGCAUUGGAUCCAACUCGAAAUCAGUCUGAUUUUAAAUGACGUUUCUGUAAAUAAUAAUUAAAGAUGAGUGUCGUGAACGAUUGAGGGCUGCGUUCCCGUUGGUUUGCCAAGCUGCACAAAACUAUAGUUUGAAGGUUAACGAAGUGAGAGAUUAUGAAGGAUGUUCCUUGCUCUCGCGGUUAAUUCAUGUGUACACGUAUUACAUAACGUUUACCUUUCUCUCGUAAGAAACAGUGCUCGUCCUGAAUAAACUCAUUACUACUGUGUAAUAAAUGUAUUAGAAAAGAAAACAGAAAAUGAUAAAAAGAAAAAAAUGGUAACGAAAAAAAGGAUUGAUACGAGAAGAAUGGUGUUGAUGAUGGGCAAGGUGAUUUUGUGGCGAGAAUUAACAUACGAUUUUAUGACAUCUUUCAUUAUCGUAUUGAAUCAUGUUAUCUAAAUGUAUGCUCGUACACCUUGACCGUAUAACGAUGGUUAAUAAAACAUUUUAUGUCGCUAA